AUGCCUGCAAGGUCCGAAGACAUUAUCGACCGCUUGAAGCUAUGGGGGGCAUGCGACGUGGCCGAUGGGCUCUCCAAGCUCAAGUAUCCCAACGGGGGAUUCCUGGAGGGUCUUACUAUAUACUCGCCCGAAUUCCAAUCAGGGGAAACCAAGAUCGUUGGUCAGGCCUUCACCGUGAAAUUUGUGCCCAAGACAGAUGAGGCUGCUCCUAAGCUGAGUGGGAAUUACAUUGACAUGAUACCACGCGGUGCUAUCGUCUUUAUUUCCCAACCACCGCCCCAGGUAAACGCUGUGUAUGGUGGCCUUAUGACUCUGCGCGCGCAGGCCCUCGGUGCCGCAGGUGUAGUGAUAGACGGCCGAGUUCGAGAUCUCGGUGAACAUCGGGCUUUAAAUUUUCCUCUAUUUGCCAAAUCUGUUGGCACAACAGCUGGCGGGGAGGUCUGUCGGCCAUCGGAAGUGAAUGUCCCUGUAAGACUGGACUCGCAAAAUCAAGAGGCUUGGGUUCAGCCUGGUGACUACAUAAUUGGCGAUUUGAACGGUGUUGUACGUCUGCCGCAGGAAUUGGCGGAGCAGGUGCUUGAUGCCAUUCCCGCUAUUGCAGAGGCAGAUGCAAAGUGUGCAGAAGGUAUUAAGGCUGGAAGGAGUGUCCAGGAAGUGUUUAAGGAGUUUCGCGGGAGAUAGACUAGUCCAUACCGGUCC